UCCAGCUCGAACCUGCUUUAGGUCAUCAAGCAGCCCACCCCCACACACCCAAUCUCGAUCCCUCACUCCACUCGCAGACCUUAAACGAACGGACACAUGGCUCCGAGCCCGAGUCCGGCUCCUGGACGAAGGGGCGCUUGGGAGCCUCUACCCGCUAUCGUAUACGGUUAUGCCGUCCAUCCGCUCUCGCCUUCGCAUAGGGAUACUCGGAUUUCGAGUCGGCCGCGUAAUUCGACGAUCACGACGACGAGCACGGCGGAGUCGUUGGUCCAUAGGGAUGUCGUCUCGUUGGAGGUCGGAGACGAGGUUUACGCGUUUGAGAAGUAUACGCCGAAGGGGAAGGAGACGGAGGGGAUUUGGUAUAGAGGGUAUGUCGUAUGCACCACUCGAAGACCACCCGUAACUUGGAACGCACCCUCCGACCCCUCAUCCUCCAAGACACCCAAAGUCGAAGAACCCCAACAAGUCUUCAUAGGCAUCUUCCCCGCAUCCCACAUCUAUGUCCGUGACGAGCUUCCCGACGCCGAGAGCCGUCUCGCCAGCAUCGCUUCCGCAUUCAACAGCGGGACCGACAUCUCAAAGACGGAGGGAGCGAGGGCAGGUCCGACGGGCUUGGGUAUGGACGCGCUGAGAGAAGAAGACGAAGACGAUGCGAUGGCGAAACGAAAGUCGUUCAAGCUGGGUCCUCCACCGGACCAGGCCAACUCUUCGCGUGCGGGACUACCGGUGUAUCCUGCUAGCAUUCGUUCGGUCUCGCCGACCGAGUCGCAGGUGAUGAAGCUCUUGCCGCCGAGGCCUUCGCUCAAGUCGGGAGAUGAUACAGCGUCGGGGGCCGCGCAGCCUAUCGUGGACGAGAUUGCGUCCGCGUUGAGGGAGUGGCAUAUACUCAUGUUUCAGUAUCUCGCCAGGCGGGAUUAUCAGCUCUUUCAGACCGUGCGGGAACAUAUCGAGGCGCUUCAUCUUGGUCGACGGCAGCUCUUGGCCCAGACGCUCAGUACGGAGGAGACGAUCAAUCUGCGUCGGGACUGUGUCCAACGUCUGGUCAGUGGGAAUAUAGCGCAGGAUUUGGAUGUGAUUGUGAGGCACCCGACCGGUGGAGGGCUCGUUACCGUCGAUGUGGAGGGAGAGAUCGACAAGAGGAAUUGGAUGAGUGGGGUGAGGAUGUAUGCUAUGCAGGCCAGUUUGGCGUACAUGGACGUGUCGACGUCACAAUCUGCAUCCUCGACCUCGAUCCCCUUCCCAACUACGCCUGCAAGGAGGAUACAUGCGAACAGCAUGGACGGCGCGAGCCCCGCACCUCUCCCUACACCAGCCCAUUCUGCCUUCGCCGAAUUCAGCCGUCUACGAGGCCACUCACGUUCGUUCGGAUCCCAUUCCUCCGCCGCUUUGCUCUCGCCAUCGUCCAAAGACCAGAACUCCUCCUCUUCGUCGCCCAAAUUCUUCCACGUCUUUCUCGAACUACGGGCCUUCGUCGCCUCGCUAUGUUCCCCCGGCGAAACCGCAGAACUCUACUUCUCCCUGUAUAACAAGAAAGAAGCGCGUUUUAUCACGGAGGACUACUGCGCCAUCCUGAACCACAACGGCGUCCUCGCCCGCGAACCCUCCACGCGCAUGCGCACCAUGUUCACAGACCUCGCGCUCUCAGACAUCCAGAGCCCAGUCUACCUCGUCUGUCGCAUAAUUCGCAACGGAGCCCUCAAGCUCGGCAACAACAUGUCCAGCGGCGUGCCCAUCGAAUCCAACCCUCGUCGCGGAUCAGGAGGUUCAGCUCGCGAGUCCUCGGCACCUGUCGGCUGGUCGUCCGAAACACUCGCCAAUAACAAUAACUUCUCUGGUCGGACUGUGGGGAACGGAGCGGCGGGUGUGAGCGAUAUGGCGACGUAUAGGAGGCCGUUUGGGUGUGCGGUGUUGGAGUUGACGCAGUUGGCGAAGCUGGCGGCGGAUCAGAGUGAGGUGUCAAGUACGAAGGAGCAUACGAUGCCGAUUUUCGUGCCGGUGAAUGAGGCGAUAUUUUCGAUGUUGCAUCAGGAUAUCAUCGCAGGAAGUACGAAGGAGUUCGAGAAGUCGUCCAGAGCUGAGAUGAUUGCGGUCUCCGUCAAGCUCUUCCACGGCAAUGCAGAGACCAUCGUCAAAGAGAACACCUCUCUCCUCCUCGAUGUCCCUCUCACUCUCCGCCUGGGCUUCCCAGACGUCGUGUUCCCUGGCGAUGUCCGGAACGAACUGUACAUCAAGCUCUGGAGCGGCGACUUUUCUUCCUCCCACACGAGCACCGCCCGACACAGUAUCGCCAACUUCACUCGAAACCCCACCCCACAGACGAACAACAUCCAAGUCUCGCUCGAAGUCCGUGAUCGAGACGGUAAACCCGUCAGCCGCGUCAUCUCACCGGGGAGCGGCGAGCCCGAGAUCCUCGUCUUCAAUUCGAUGGUCUUCAUCCGAAACAGUCAACCCACGUUCGGCGAGCUCGUCAAGCUAAAACUUCCUCUGGAUGGGAUGUUGCCACAGUGGCACCUGUUCUUUACGUUCCGCUAUCGGAGCACGAAGGAUAAACCGAUAAGUAAGGCGGCUGCUGAGGCCAUGGAUCGCCCGUUCGCGUUCGCUUUUUUGGCGCUGUUUCCGGAUGGGAGCUCGUUCAUCGAGGAUGGGAUACAUACGAUUACACUACAUCGGGCGGAUAGGCUGAGCUCGGUCACACCCGAUAUGUACCUCGGUCCUGUUUCGGGCCCUCAGGACGUCUUUGGUGGUGGUGGCAACAGUGGUGGUGCUCAGUCUGAACUGCAGAAGAUCGCGCCUCCGAUGCGGGAUACGAUUGUCAUUCGCUCCUCCUUGUGCUCGACGCGACAUACGCAGAACCCGGACCUCUUGAGUCUGCUGAACUGGACGUCGAUCAAGGAUCCGGAGAUGUUGUCGGCCGUGCUGGCGAAGUUCACGUUCGUGGGCGAGGUCGAGAUCGUCAAGUUCCUCAGGGACAUCUUCGACUCGCUCUUCAAUAUCCUCGUUUCGCAGAACAAUCCGUCGGGCGAGAUGGACCAUCUCGUGUUCAAUGCGUUCGUCACCGUGCUAGGAAUCGUCCAAGACCGACGGUUCAGCAACUUUCAGCCUGUGCUGGAUAUCUACAUCGAGAAGCACUUCACGUGCGCCGCCGCGUCGUCGCAUAUCAUCCAUUCUUUGAACAGACUACUUGCGGAUCCUACGGGCGAAGGCACGGCGUCGCCGCUUCGGGCGGCGUUGAAGGUUUGGCAUUAUAUCUUCAAGUUCAUCGCGAGGUCGAGAGAGCUGCAGAAGGAGAAGGAGCUCGGGAUGGGAAGCGGGACGACGGCGGACCAUCUCGAGUCGAACUUCCGGCGUGAGUUGAGGUCGCAUCUGUCCGAGGUGAACAGGAUGAUGGCCACGACUUCACCUCCUUCCAUCAUCGGCACGCAGACCAUCGCGCUCCAGCACUUCACCUCCAUCCUGCCCGAACUCGCGAAGAUCUUCAGCACGGUCGAGCUCGUCAGCAUCGCCACGUCCUUCGCGACUUCCAUCGCCAGCAACAAGGGAAAGAUCACGAUCUGGAAACUGAUCAUGUAUCUCCAGAUCGUCAAGGGUUUCCUAUUCGACUCGCCACAGUCGAGAUCGCUGCUCGUCGAGGCCGUCGUGAUGUGGAUCAAGCCGCAUUUUGGCAAAUUCGAUGAGUAUACGCAGACGUUGCCGGGCGAUUCGGAGGGCGUGAAGGACGCGGCGAGGGUGGCGUGGUUGGAGAGCGUGAGGCUUUGUGUGACGGUUAUUGCGUUGAUGACGGAUAAGUUGCAGCAGUGUCUGGUCGAUCCGGUGAUUCUGGGGGAUAGGUUGGCGCUGAGGCAGGAGCAGGAUAAUAUCGAGUAUUUGUUGUCGUUGAUUCCUAGGCUGUUGGACUCGUAUCGUGAAUUCAAGAGCGCCGAUAAUAUCGCCGCCGUCGAACGAAUACGAUCUCCCGCCACGACGCCCACGCCCAUCCCCGUCGUCUUCCCCGAAUCCUACCCCUUCUCGCUUAUAGCCCACUUCCCCACCAGCGCAAAAGGUUUCACCGGAGCGUACCAGACCGACGGCCAAGUCCUCUACAGUCCCGCCCAAGGCGAAAUCGCCAUCGUCUUCCUCGUCCUCGUUCUUUCCGCCUCGAAGAAGCACCUCUUCAACUUCCUGGAAUCGACGUUCGAGAUCGAAGGGCGAGAGAACUUUGCGAACCUCCUCAUGCAGUUCUUCAGGGUCGCGACGUCGAUAUUGGACAACGAGGCGUGGCCGAGGAACUGGCUGAAUGUGAAUAUUUUGGCGCAUAAGGUGCUGACGAAGAUGAUGGACGCCGUGGCGAUCAUAUUGGAGAGGGAUUAUAUACCGACGAGGAACGUCUCGUGGGAGUUUAAUGCGCAGUUGUGGAGGGAUGGGAUACAUAUGCUGUUGAAACUGCUGUCGUCGGAUCAGCUUGUUAUUGAGGAGUUCAGUCCUCAGAAACGACGAGCCGUAUGGCGUCUGGCUGGAGAUAUACGCGGUGAGGGAGCAGGUAUCUUGCUUCAGCUUUGGGACGUGCUUGGGUAUCCAGAAGACGUCUCGGCCAGCUCUGGAGCGGUGACGCGGUACGGUGCAUAUCAGACCUCCCUCAGCUCCCUAGUCGGCCAAGUCGUGAACCUGUGCCUCAGCCACCACGACCAGCUCCGGAACAAUGCCGUCCACAUCCUCUACAGCAUGAUCAUCUCUCAGUACCAAGAGUACCAGCACUUCGACGAGAUUGAGAACGAGCUGGUCAACAAGCUCGAUUCGCUCUUCAUGUCGGAUAGCAAGGGAGAUGAUAUCAGCAGGGCGUUCUUCGUCGGACAGCUUCGUAAUCUGUUUGAUCAGUCGACUGUGGACGAGCAGCUGCGCGAGCGAGUCUCGACCUUCUUGCAUUCGGUGGAUCUGUUCUUGGAGCUGCUUCUCAGUGUGAGGGCAUUGCCUGAUGGCGAGGAGUUCGCUGACGAUCGGGUUAUUGCUACGCUGCGCUUGAUGAACUUUAUACGUCAAGUUGGCCGGAACGAGAUUUACAUCAAAUAUGUGCAUCAGCUGGUCAAUAUGCACCUCGCUUCGCAAAACUUCGUCGAGGCGGCGCUAACACUGAAGUUGCAUUCGGACCUCCAUGAAUGGGAUCUCAACACCUUCGUGGACCCAAUGGAAGAGCUGGGCUUGCCACUACAAUCUCAAUUUCAUCGGAAGGAGACGUUGUCGUUGCUCAUCUUGGAUUAUCUCGGCAAGGGAAAGGCAUGGGAGAGCGCUAUUGAGAUUUGUAAGGAACUGGCGUACCAGCACUCCGAAGUUACCUUCAACUACGGACGCUUGGCUGAGAUCCUACGGCACCAGGCGGCAUUGCUUGAACACAUCGUCACAGACCAGCGAUACUAUGCAGACUACUUCCGAGUGGCAUUCUUCGGCAGUUCUUUCCCCGCUGCCAUCCGCAACAAACAGUUUAUCUACCGUGGUUUCGAAUGGGAGAAGUUCGGCGCGUUCUGUGAACGCAUGCUCAACAAGCACCCAGAAGCACAGCUUCUUCGUACGCUCGGCGACCCGCCUGUCGACAUUCGUUACGGGACCCAACAAUACAUCCAGUGCAGCGCCGUUACUCCAGAGCCCGACCAGACUCUCCCCAUCUUUACGAACCCGGGUGUGCCAAUCGCCGUCAGAACGUACUAUGAGCACAGUGCUAUCAACCUGUUCACCUGUUCACGUCCGAUCAUCAAGAUCGAAAGAGAUGGCGUCGAGGAAACAUGGGUCGAGAAGAUAUUCUUCACCACGGAAGAAUCGUUCCCCACCGUGCUUCGGCGCUCAGAAGUCGUCUACGUCGAUGCCCAAGAGCUCUCGCCCAUCCAGAACGCUAUUCAUGAUAUUGAGGCGAAGACAAAGGAGUUGGCUGCCCUUAACACCCGAUACUCAGUCCUUGCGAAGACAUCCCACAAUCCGCCAACAAAUCCUCUGUCGAUGACGUUGAACGGUGUUGUGGAUGCGCCUAUUAAUGGCGGGAUCUCGAACUACCGGCAAGCGUUCAUGACUCCGGAGUAUCUAUUGAGAUACCCUGACAGGGCGGAGGCGGUCGAGCGGCUGAGGAGUUGUAUCGACGAGCAGGUCCGUAUGAUCGAUAGUUGCCUGCGGCUGCAUGGCCAGCUCUGUCCUCCUGAAAUGCUGGCAUUCCACGAGACUCUGGAGAAGUUCUUCCGGAAGAACUUCCACGAAGAGAUUCAGCGAUUGAAUGCCGACGCCCAGUCAGAUUCUCCUCUGACACCCAGAUCUCGUAGUCACCACCCCCUACCACCUCCGACGAGCUCCUACGCCACUUCUUUCGUCGAUACGGUUUCCCUACCGCGCACAGCCUCCGUCGCAUCGACACAUCGCCCGUCUUUCGUCAUCCCUCCGUUACAGCUAGGCCAAUCCGCACUGACUUCGCCUCCGCACUCCCUUUACGGGGGAACAACAAAUAUGAGCAACGCUAGCCUCAACGGGUCCAUGCCGAAACAAACACCUCUGCAGAAGAACCUCGCUCAUCUCGCUCGUCAUGGGAUGAACGGCGUGGCGUCGGGUCCAGGGGAAGGUGGCGCUAGCACCAGCAAUGGGAGGGGCAACGAGUCGAUAGAUGGUGGAUCACCACAGGGCUCUUUCGUGAACGUCGUGGGUUCUGUCGGGAAUAUGUCAGGAGGGGCGUCUAUUAUCGGGAGUGUUGGCGGGUCCAUCAGGGGCCGAUUCUCUAGACUAAACUUUGGAAGACGGGAGAGAGAGACGUCGAAUUGAGUUGAGUGAAAAGUCUGGCUUCCUGUGGCUCGGGUUAUUGUCUGCGAUGCGGGCUUGGGUCCCUGCUUCCGUCUUGUAUUUGCAUCCUACUUAUCUUAUCUAUGCUGUGUCUUUCUUCUUUUUCCCCCCUCGCUCCUUGCCUCUUUCUCGAUCUCUCCAUUACAUUCAUUCCGCGCUGUAGCCCGCGUUUCCGCCCCUCGUUCUCCUCUACAAUCUGAAUCACACCCUCCGUCCGUUCUUUCUUUGCUGUCGCCCUCAGUUUCUCCUUCUCCUUCUCGU